AACAAACCAAAAAAAAUGUUUCAAUCAAUCAUCCUUGUAUUGGCAACAUUAUUGUCAAUCGCAUUUGCUCAACCUGAAUUAAAAUCAUUAAAAGCACUUGAAACCGAUGAUUUUCUGUCCGAUGAAUAUAUUCAAUAUUUGAAUGAAAUUAAAAACACUACCUGGAAAGCUGGACGAAAUUUCAAUAAAAAUAUUACAACUGAUCAUAUACGUUCAAUGUUAGGUUUAUUGGAUCAAGAAAUACCAAUGAAAACGUCAUUAUUAACAAAAUCUGUAACUAUUGAUGUGGCAAGAAUACCAGAAUUUUUUGAUGCUAGAAAAAAAUGGCCAAAUUGUAAAACAAUUCAACAGAUUCGUGAUCAAGGAACUUGUGGUUCAUGUUGGGCGUUUGGUGCUGCUGAAGCUAUUUCUGAUCGUUUUUGUAUUGCUACAAAUGGUAGUGUUAAUAUAAUGAUUUCAGCUGAAGAUUUAUUAUCUUGUUGUGGUUAUUGUGGAAGUGGAUGUAAUGGUGGUUGGUCAUUGCCAGCAUGGUCUUAUUGGGUUGAAGAAGGUUUAGUUAGUGGUGGAUUGUAUGGAACAAAAGAUACAUGUCGACCAUACACUAUUCCACCAUGUGAACAUGGUACUUCAGGUGCUUUACCACAAUGUUCAUCAAAAGAUAAAGCUAAAACACCUAAUUGUGAUAAACAAUGUAUUACUGGUUAUCCUCGAGCAUAUGAACAAGAUAUACAUCGUGGAAAGGAAGCUUAUGGUGUUAGUAAUAGUGUAUCACAAAUACAAUAUGAAAUUAUGACUUAUGGUCCAGUAGAAGGUGGAUUUACUGUAUUUUCAGAUUUUCCAAACUACAAAAGCGGUGUUUACAAACGAAACAGUAAUAAAAAUUUAGGUGGUCAUGCUAUUAAAAUUAUUGGCUGGGGUAUUGAAGAUGAUUCACCAUAUUGGCUUUGUGUUAAUUCAUGGAAUGCUGAUUGGGGUGAUAAAGGUUUUUUUAAAUUUUAUCGUGGUAUUAAUGAAUGUGGUAUUGAAAGUAAUAUUGUUGCAGGUAUACCGAAAAAAAUGUUUCGAUCAAUCAUCCUUAUUUUGGCAACAUUAGUGUCAAUUACAUUUGCUCGACCUGAAUUAAAAUCACUUGAAACUGAUGAAUUUCUUUCCGAUGAAUAUAUUCAAUCUUUGAAUGAAAUUAAAGACAGUACCUGGAAGGCUGGACGAAAUUUCAACAAACAUAUUACAAAAGAAUAUAUACGUGGAAUGUUAGGUUCAUUGGAUCAAGAACUACCAUUACAAACAGAAUUACCAACAAAAUAUGUUGCAAACAUUGAUAUGGCAAAAAUUCCAGAAAGUUUUGAUGCUCGACAACAAUGGCCAAAUUGUAAAGUAAUUAAAACAAUACGUGAUCAAGGAUCUUGUGGUUCAUGUUGGGCUUUUGGUGCUGCUGAAGCUAUUUCUGAUCGUAUUUGUAUUGCUACAAAUGGUACUGUUGAUGUAAUGAUUUCAGCUGAAGAUCUAUUAUCCUGUUGUGAUGAAUGUGGUUAUGGAUGUAGUGGUGGUUGGUCAUUACCUGCAUGGUCUUAUUGGGUUCAAGAAGGUUUAGUUAGUGGUGGAUUAUUUGAAGAUGAUAAAACAUGUCGACCAUACACUAUUCCACCAUGUGAACAUCAUACUCAAGGACCUCGACCACAAUGUUCAGCACAAGGUAAUGCUGAUACACCUAAUUGUAAACAACAAUGUGUUGCUGGAUAUAGUCGAUCAUAUGAACAAGAUAAACAUCGUGGUAAAAGUGCUUAUCGUGUUAGCAGUAUUGUAUCACAAAUUCAACAUGAAAUUAUGACUAAUGGUCCAGUUGAAAGUGGAUUCAGUGUUUAUGCUGAUUUUGUAAACUAUAAAUCAGGUGUUUACAAACGACACAGUGUUCAAGCAUUAGGUGGUCAUGCAAUCAAAAUUCUUGGUUGGGGUGUUGAAAAUGGUACACCAUAUUGGUUAUGUGCUAAUUCAUGGAAUAGUGAUUGGGGUGAAAAUGGUUUUUUCAAAAUUUAUCGUGGUGAUAAUGAAUGUGGUAUUGAAGGUGGUGUUGUUGCCGGUAUGCCUAAAAUUAAUUAA